AUGCAGAGCAAUGCAAGACAAAGAAAACAAAUCAAACAGUUCAUGUCUAUCACCAGUAUGAAUCGUGCCACAGCUGAAAAGUUUUUAAAUGACAACCGGUGGUCUCUAGAUUAUGCAUUGGAUGAUUUAUACACCAGGGGCACGAGCUACCUGAAUACUGAACGGACUUAUGACGCUGAGUUGUAUUCUACAUUUCAAAACUAUGCAUCAGAAAAUGGUCGGAUGGACACCGAUACAUUGAUCAAGUACGUCACGGAUUUGGGUUAUCAAUUGGAGGAUCCCGUGACCAUCUGUUUAGCACAAUUGUUGAAGGUUGAGAAUUUAACCGCAGACAUCGAAGAGGAGCAGUUUCUUAGUACAUGGGCUGAUCUGGGCUGCAGCAACCUAAACGAUAUGAGUGAAUAUAUGAACACUCUUGAUACCAAAUUGCAUGAAGACCCCGUCUACUUUAAGACGAUUUACAGCUACACGUUCAGCAUUGCCGUAGACGGCAAGAGACGCCAGCUGAGCAUCGACACAGCCAUUUCCUACUGGACCCUACUGUUUCUAGACCAUAGCUUUGCUACAAAGAUCCCUAGAACCAGACUGGAAUCAUGGUUCCGCUUUUUACGAGAACAGAAUGACGCAAACUUCGUUACCAGAGACACCUGGGACAUGCUCUUUAAGUUCGCGCUCAAGUUUCCUGAUGACAAAACACUACUUUCAGAAUACAGCGAGAUGGGCGCUUGGCCCUUGAUCAUGGAUGAAUACUACGGAUGGAUAAAGGAAAGAUACUGA